UAAGCAAGCAAUAUUUAAACUCACUCAACUACCAAAGCCACCCAUAAAUACAAGCCAACAAAAAUAACUUUUCUCAUUUCUCAUUCCACUCCUCAAAAAAUGAGGAAAACCACUACCAUUAUUUCAUCACUUACGAUCCACAUUCUUCUUCUUUCUUCCAUUCCCCUCUCAUCCCCCCAACCCAACGAAAAAACCAGCACCACCGAUAUAAUAGACCAAAUAUGCAAAAAAACACCCUUCUACGACCUCUGCACAUCCAUCCUAAACUCAUCUCCCCCAACUCCAAAACCCGAUCUCAAAACCAUAGCCCUCGUAAUGGUAAACAACAUUCUCUCAAACGCAACCGACACACUCAGCUUCAUCGAAACCUUAAUCAAGAAAACCUCGGAUCGUGAAAUGGAACAAGCAUUGGCCUUCUGUGCUGAAUCGUAUAUCCCUGUUGUGAAGUACACUCUUCCUCAAGCUGCUGAGGCUAUCAGCCAGAACCGGUUUGGUUUUGCUGGGUACUGUGUUUCUGAUGCUGUCAAAGAAGUUAACUCUUGUAAUAAGAAGUUUUUGGGGUUUGGGGUGGUGUCACCUUUGGGGAAUAGGAAUGGUGUUGUUCAGAAGCUUGUGGAUGUUGCUUCUGCCAUUAUUAAGCAACUUUUGAAGGGUUGAUUUGUGAAUUGUGAUUUUUUUUUAGUUCUUUUUGUAUUGUAUAGUGGAUCUAGCAGGUGAAUUUAAAUAGGAUACUUGUAUUUUUAUAUUAUUACUGAAUAAUAAUAAUAAAUAAUCAUAAUAAUAAUUACUGUGAAAUGGUUUGUUUUUGCAAUUAAAAAUGAAGAAUUUGAU